AUGUAUAGAUGCUGGGAGAGGCAUCUAGAGUCAGGUUUGAUGGCUCCCCCGGCCGCCGCCUCCUCUGAGAUCCCUCCGUUUCUCCAAAGCAGAUCCAGCCAGAUAAGCCCUUCCCAUCCCUCAGUGCCCCUUCUGCCCCGGGCCUGUGCCCGAAGGCUGGCUCGGCUUCAGGCUGCCUGGCUGAAGGGGCUGCUGCCCAAAGCAGGCGGCUGCACGGCGGCCAGCAUCCUCUCCCCUCCCUCCUUGCCCUCCGGGCCCUCACUUCCCAGGAAGUCUCUCCACAUCCCAGGAACAGUCUUCUGUCCUGAAGUUGACCCACGGUCUUCCCCCUGGGGAGUGACUAGUGGGAGUCGAAGGGCAGGGGCCACGGACGGCCAGGGCUCGCCCAGAGUGCAGGGGCCUGGGUGGGAUUGGCAGUGA